CUUUGCACCAUUGGGAAAGACGUGUCCUGCUGCGGUGGAGGGGGCGUGUCUAUCCCCAGCAGGGUAUAAAUAAGGGCACACUUUGUUUUUCUGCUAGUGGGACAUCUAUUCAGCACUGCUGGUGAUUUGGGGAUUGUACUGGUUCCCUGCUAAUAAGAACAGCCAUCACCAUGUCAGUGUCACACAGUUCAAGACUCAACAAGGGGGUUAGGGAACAGUACAUGAAACUACCCCAAGGGGAUCAGGUUCAAGUCACGUACAUAUGGAUUGAUGGGACGGGGGAAGGUGUCCGCUGCAAAACGAAGACCUUGGACUAUGAGCCUAAAUCUGUAGAAGAAAUACCUGAAUGGAACUUUGACGGAUCUAGCACUUACCAAGCAGAAGGAUCCAACAGCGACAUGUACCUUGUUCCGGUUCAGAUGUUCAGAGACCCCUUCUGUCUUGAUCCCAACAAGCUGGUUAUGUGUGAAGUUCUGAAGUAUAACCGCAAGCCUGCAGAAACCAACCUUAGAUACACCUGUAAAAAAGUAAUGGAUAUGGUAUCGGAUGAACAUCCGUGGUUCGGAAUGGAGCAGGAAUAUACCCUACUUGGCAUUAAUGGGCAUCCUUAUGGCUGGCCAGAGAAUGGCUUUCCCGGACCACAAGGUCCUUAUUACUGCGGUGUUGGUGCUGAUAAAGUGUAUGGGCGGGACAUUGUUGAAUGUCACUACAAAGCUUGCCUGUAUGCAGGCGUCAAAAUCUGCGGCACUAACGCUGAAGUCAUGCCGUCUCAGUGGGAGUUCCAGGUAGGGCCAUGUGAAGGUAUAGAUAUGGGAGACCACCUCUGGGUAGCCCGAUUUAUCCUUCAUCGGGUCUGUGAAGACUUUGGUGUUGUGGCCACUCUAGACCCCAAACCCAUGACCGGAAACUGGAAUGGAGCCGGAUGUCAUACAAACUACAGCACAGCCUCCAUGAGGAAUGAAGGUGGAUUGAAACACAUUGAAGAAGCAAUAGAAAAGCUUGCCAAGAGGCACAACUACCACAUAUGCGUGUAUGAUCCUCGAGGUGGGAAGGACAACUCCCGCCGUCUAACCGGCCAGCACGAAACAUCCAGCAUUCAUGAGUUCUCAGCUGGUGUUGCCAAUAGAGGUGCCAGCAUCAGAAUACCACGCCAAGUUGGCCAGGAAGGGUUUGGUUACUUUGAAGACCGUAGACCAGCUGCCAACUGCGACCCAUACGCUGUUACAGAUGCUAUUGUGAGGACCACUGUUCUGAAUGAAACGGGGAACGAGACAAAGGACUACACAAAAUAAAUGGGGACUGGGUCCUCCUGAUACCUUCCACCACGGUCUAUUCCGGCCAAAACUAAGUCUUUAGUAAAUUUGUAACUACAGUACUUGAAUUCUUAAGGGGCAUUUACGCCUUGUUGCCAGUCGAGCUGAAAAAGACGGCUCCUCUGCCAACUGGCAGAAUUUUGUUUGUAUAGUUUAUCCACUUUAUUAAAUGGUACAGAAACCUGCAGGGCAGUGUAAAGGGUUAAAUGUCAUGCUAUCCCCAUGUACCUGGGUUUUAGGAAGGUUCUGCCUAGAACCACAUACUCCACAGGGGGGUAUUUUAAUGGGGAAAUGUGCAUUUUACUACUUGUGACUGUAUUUUGUUUUUAUUGUGACUUUAAUAAAACAUUCUCCAAUAA